AUGUAUUCUAUGCCUAAAAGGCAAAAAACGUAUGCUAUGGGGAAAAAAAUUGGUACACACAAUGGAACAUUUCACUGUGAUGAGGCUCUUGCCUGCUACAUGCUGAAAACACUUCCUGAAUAUACAUCAGCUGAAGUUAUUCGCACUCGCGAUGAAAAAUUGCUGGAUACCUGUGAUAUCGUUGUCGAUGUCGGUGGGAUAUAUGAUCAUGAUAAAAAUCGUUAUGAUCAUCACCAAAGAACCUUCGAUGGAACUAUGCAAUCUCUGGGUUCUCUCAAUUAUCAAACGAAAUUAAGUAGUGCCGGUUUAAUUUACCUGCAUUAUGGCCGUCGCGUUAUUACAGAAAUCGCUAAUAGAGAAUUGGAUUCAAACGUAUUAAAUAUCAUUUACGAUAAAGUAUAUGAAAAUUUCUUGGAGGAGAUUGAUGCCAUUGACAAUGGAAUUUCUCAAACGGAGGAAACGGCGAGGUAUUUAAUUACAACUGGCGUCAGUGCUCGUGUAAGCCAUCUAAAUCCUGCAUGGAAUUGCAAGCAACCACUACCUGAUAAAGAAUUUGUUAAAGCAAUGGAUUUAGUUGGCUCGGAACUUCGAGAUAAAAUUUUAUACUUUUGCAAUGUUUGGUAUCCAGCUAGGGAAAUCGUUGAAGCUGCGGUUAAGAAUCGACAUCAAAUUCAUGAAAGUGGAGAAAUAAUACUACUUGAAAAUGGUGGAUGCCCUUGGAAAGAGCAUUUAUAUGUCAUUGAACAAAAAUUGCAGACCAAUCCGACGCUUAAAUAUGUUUUAUAUUCGGAUCAGAAUAACAAUUGGAGAGUACAGUGUGUGCCAGAAAGACAUAAGAGGUUUGAAAACAGAUUGUCGCUUCCUCAAAACUGGCGUGGACUACGGGAAGCCGACUUAAGUAAUGAAAGUGGGAUCAAAGAUUGUAUCUUUGUUCAUAUGGGUGGAUUUAUUGGUGGUAACAAAACAAAAGAAGGCGCUUUAGAAAUGGCAAUCAAAGCUCUUCAAUUUCGAUAA